UAUGUUCUAAAUUCUGAUCCAAGGAUCAGCUGGGCGCAGCAAUAACAGAAAAAAAAAUCUGCAGGAAAAACCAAGGGUAAAACUGCAGAUUUGUUAAGAACAGCAUCAAUGCAGUUUGAAUGCACCACUUCUUCUGAGAAGAAAAGCCUUUUUAUUUUUUUAAUGUUUUAAGAACUACCUCAUUUCAAAGCUUCCUAAAGCUGUACUUGACGAUUGUUGUUUUUAUAAAGUAUUUUGAACGUUACGUUUAUAACUGAAAUAAUACGACAAAGGCAGGCCUUUGCCCUAACACCACGUGAGACCUCACAUUUGCACUACACGCUUCCUUGCCUGGACUGAGAUUUCUGCCUUCUGGAUCAAGAACAGCCAGCACAGAGCACAGAGCUUCCAGUUCUCCCAUUUCAAAAGGCAGCUACGCGGAGGACCUCCUCCUCUCCUUCCCGCAGUCCCGGUUCCAGCCGAGCCAUGUUCCAGCGACUCACCAGCCUGUUCUUCGGAGAGGUGGAGGAGGUGUACAAGGAGUGCAGUGGACCCAAACCCUGCAUCUCGGAGGCCGACGAGGAUGACUGGCUCCUGGUCAGCCUGCCUGCUGCACGCUUAAAGGAAGAAGGCAGCACUCCUGAGGCCAGCCCCAUGGAGGACCUUCUCAUUGAGCACCCUAGCAUGUCUGUCUACGUCUCCACCGGCAACCAGUCUGUAGCCGAGGAGACGGGGAGCCUCGUGCUACAGGAAACCAGUCAGAGGGUGGACCCCGCCGUCUCAGCAGGGCGGGCUCUCUCCAGCCGCCCGCCUCGCGGCUCCGCCUCCCAGGCAGCGGCCUUGGCCAAGGUGGCCCAGGUGAGCCGGGUGCAGAGGGCCAAGGCCCGUUCGGAGCGGCGCCAGCUGGGCCGCCAUCGCCUGCAGCGCCAGAACCGCCUCCGCGACCUCCCGCGGCACAGCGGGCCAGCCCGCGGGGGCUUCCUGCACCAGCCCUGCCAGCGCCGCUUCAACUACUGAGGCCAGCGCCAUCACCACCAUCCCCCCCCGCCCUACAGUGUAGUCAGCACAGGUCAUUUUAACCUUCGAAAUAAAACCACGUACCACUACUAGCUCUGCAAAGAUGUCUACAUUUGCAUUGCUAAUAUGAGAAACUUAACCUUUCGUGCCCACCAGCUCUCACUUUCUCUCUCUCCCUGGAUUAGUGGUGGGCAACCUGGCGCAGGACAGUCUCGUUUAGAUGUGGCCCCUGGAAACUGUGGACUUUAAAAUCUGGACUAAAAUCGGUUUUAAUAAGGUGCUGUUACAACCAUUUAUAGUAAUCCCUCAAUAUAUGUGCUUUGUUUGGUCCUCCUAAGUUAAAAGGUUGUAUAAGGGAAAUUAAAUGACUUCCUGCGUUAUAAUCUCCAAUUGGUUCCAGAGCGCACAAAUGUUCCAUGAAACACGCAGACUUUACCUUAAUACAGCACUGAAUGGCACCUAAGUAUGAAAAUGAUAACAUUUCUAAUUAAUUCAAGUAACGUGCAUAAAGUUAUCGCUCGAUAAACACUAGGUAGAAAAACAAUAACACUCCUGCUCAUUUACAAGUGCAGUACAGUAGUUACAUCGUUAACAUUAGUCGUUAGCACAUGCAUAAACAUUAGGUACUAUCCUGUACUAUAUGCACUUAACACACACAAGCCUUUAUUAUAAAGAAAUCCUCAACUUUAAAAAAAAAACGGAUUAAAUUCAGCAUCCAAGAAGAUGAGAGAAAAGAAUCUCAGCAGUUCUGUACGAGAGCCCAGCUCCUAAGAGUGAAGAUCUGUUCGUUAAUUAAAAAAAAAACAGUAUGAACAAACACUCAUAUAGGGGUUGUUCAUAUAAUGAGGAAUUACUGCACUAUAAAAAACAUUAAUUAAGGUUUCCCGUGGUCCUGCUGUUUCUUGUAAGAGUUGUUGCUGGAGGCUGAGGCUAACCUCCAGGGCCAGAAAUAUAAACCUCCACUCUUCCCUGUGGCUGCCACUCACUGUAGAGACCACAGAUGAGAACCACGUCCCUUUAUCUUGUACUGUCCCAGCUAACAACCCAGGAGCUGAGUAAUGCUCAUUCUAGUUACCAUUUUACAUUCUUACCCAAGAGUACAUAGGGGUCGAAACCUGGACUGAACACCAAGAGAGACUUUUGGGGAAAGGUUAAGUCUAUUUCAAAGGUCUACCUCUUUUCUAUAAAGGGCUUUCAUACAGUACAGUGCAGCUGGAUGUCUCCCUCUUCAAUCUGACUGGAGUGUGUUUUCAUAUUAAAAGUCCAGUCUGAUAUAAGAGUUGUCAUGAGGCAUCAGCGGAAUGUCUGACGCUGUUAAAGCAGGUGGUUUCCCCGCUAGAAAGGCUGAACGACAGGAACUGUGAUGCCAAGUGUUAACAUAUUAAAAAAUAUCUGCCAAUUCCCAUGAGGUGGAAAACAGCAGCAACUCAGGUUUCAAUUGCAGGAUUGGCUUUCUGUCCCGCAGCAACUAAAGGGUAGAGAAACAGGUCAGGUGGAAGUUAAAUGAGUGGUGUGGAGAUUUUUUAAUACUUCGAGGUUUUAGCAUGUAGGUGAUGUGGUAAGAGAAAGAGUAACAGAUUAACAGGAUGUCAGUGAAGAGAGAGGAAGAGGAAGGGAAAUGGAGCAGAAAGGAAAAAAGACACAGCAAACCGUUUACUGUAAAUAGCAGUUUCUUUAACUUUAAAACCCCAAAAAGAUUUGGCCUACAUCGCUCAUUAACUUUAGAGUAGUUAAUUAAUCUGAGAAUCCAAACCAGCCAUUUCUUUAUAUAUGAUAUAAAGGUACAGUAUAUGAUUGGCUUGGUUAACGUGUUCCCUGUAUAGCCACAGUUCUUUGUGUCUACAAAUUUCCCAAUUUGUAGCCAAAGGAAACUAUUUAUACAAGCAAACAAUUAUAGCAUGAAACACUUCACUGGACUUCAUUCAGCUUAGUGGAUGAACUAAGGAUUGCUUACUAAGGAAAAGCAAGGAAAUCCAUCUAUGAAGUGAAGCAAUGGUAUCAUUAUGCAAUACAAAAAUUAAAACAUCACACUUUAGUUUAAGGGAUGCCAAAAAUAAAUGUAGAAUCUGUAAGGAGUUAUUGUUACUAACAUGCAACAAAUCUACAGCAGGGGCAGGUUGUUAUCAUAAGUACAGCUCUCUACUAAUGUUUUAUUAACAAAUUCCAGUUUUAAAACUUUUUAAAAAGUCAUUUACAACCACUACUCUGAAGUACUACCAAAACAAGGUAAAUAUACUGUAUAUGGAAUGAGACUUGUCUCAUGCUGCGGAAAAAGUAAAUAUUCAACUGAAGUCCAGUCCUGCCUAUGAAUCAUUUUAAGCUUGAAAGACUUUUAGGUUUUGCUGCAUACAAGCUUGUUAGCUGCCACCAUCUUAUCAUGUGCAGGUCUUAGUAGGUGUUGCAUUCAAUGAGCAACUGAAGACAUUUAUUGGACAAAAAUUAGUCCAACCAAGGAUCCUUAAAGAUCACAGGAGGUCAGAUUUUAGAUGAUAUAUUUCUUCUGCCAUUUAUUGUACAACGGUUUCAAGAUGAGCAAAGUAAUGGACAGAUGAUAAGACAGACUACCUUUAUCUUUAUUAAGAUUGUUGCAUGAAGCCUCUCCUGUUUGAAAUGUCCAGACACUCAGUUUCAGGAACAGCUGUCAGACGCUGCAUUAUGUACAGUAUGAAAGCCUUUCUUUUCUAGUUCAUGAGUUCCACCAGUUACAAUUUACAGCAUUGCCUAAUACAGCUGAUGUCAUGACAGCACACGACAUGACAGUGUGAGUAACACUACAGAGUACAGAGUACAAAGACCACUCUCCUUUCUCAUCCUGGCUUGUGUUAACGUCAACAUACAUAUGUGUAUGUUAAAACUUUCUUCUUCAAGCACAGAGAAGAAGAAAUGCACUUCAAUCAGGUAAAACGCUAAAUGCAGUGUAAAGACAAAAAAUCCGAUUUCACUUUAGCGAUCAGUAUUUGUGAAAAAGAGAGCUCUAUUGCGUUCACAUAUAUGAUUCCUUGAAGUGUUUCCAUCACUGAAGCAUGUGAAGUCUCAUGAGUCAGAAUGUGACUGUUUCAUUGCCUUUUUCUUUAGAAAUAGAUUCAAAUGUAAUAAUGUCCUCCACCUAAAGAUAUACAUAUAUUUUAAAAAAUAACUAUGGUGCUGAAGUAUAUAAAGAUAUACUUGUCUGUAAAUUAUAUAAAACAUGGAUGUAAGUUUGCAUAAUGUUUCACAUUCUUUUUGAGUCAAGUUUUAGCAGUGUGCUGUUUGCUGUUAUUUUUUCUGAACAGUAAAAUCUGUGUGUGAGAGGACUGUGAUGUCGAAGAAAAACUGAAAAGUUCUUGAGAUGCUAGAAAAUUAUAUCCGUGAUGUUCACUGUACUUUGUUUUUUCUUCUGUGAGUGUGUUGUUUUUGUUAGGAGGUUUUAAGACAGGGCUGUUAACAUUUUUCAGUACUUUUACAUUAACUCACCACUUGACUGCUUAGUCAGAAAGAAACCAAAUUAAUCCAGCUCAGCCUAUGGCAUUAAGCCUACAGCUUCACAACAGUAGCAGAGUUAGAAAAACAAGUUUAUAACAUUACAUAGUUAUUCAGCUGCAAUAAAACCAAUAGAAAUUUCUUACACACUGCCCUCUAGUGGCCGUGAGUGUAUGUAGUUAUAUAAAAUCACAUGGUAUAAAUUGUAUGUUUUCAAAAAAUGUUUUUGCAGUUUUUUUUAGUUCUGUGCAAUUCAGUGGGAAUGAGGGUGAAAACAUAUUAACAAUGUUUGAGUGUGAUUAAUUUCAGUCUAUAAUUGCUAAGUCUACUUAAUGCUUUUAUACUGAGAUUCCACAUCUUGCUUGCUUUUAAAGUGACCAAAUGAAAUCUAUGAUUAGAGUUCUAAUGAACAAUUCAUCAUUUUGAGAUUCAUAUUUCAUGAAUUUUGAGAUUGUGUCUUCCUACAGCCAGAAUAUUACACCCCUGGCUAGUAUAAAACAGUUUAAAAGCUCUAGAAACCACUUCUUCCCAUCUGUUUGCUAAUAUUUCAAACUGCAAAAACCUCUAAAUUUAACAUACAAUCUGCCGCAGUCUAGUGGUAGGUAAAGCUCCUAGGGUUGUUACCUCAUUUAGAAUCUUUUUUUUAAAUGAAAAACUAGUAAUAUCUACCUGUUACUAGAUCAGAUCACAUCCAGCAUUUUUCUUUAUACGAUGGCUGAUUCUUUGUAUUAGCUUUUUUUAGAUAUUAUGUCACUAGGUGUAAUCCUUCCAAGAAGGUGCAGUAAAUUGGGCAUUUACAGGUACAGUAAACGCAUAUCCUUUACAGAAAACCUUAUGAAAGGUAAUGUACUUAACACCACAUCAGGCCAGCUUCUGCUCUCUAGUCCCUUUCCCUCAUUGCUAAACCAUAGUGCCUCUUUGGUUCGCCUGUCUUCUAUUUCAACUAGCCAAGGGCAAAGAGGAUGAUUAUUACCAAGGCUGUCUUCUGCUCUCAUUUUUCCAUUUACUGUAUGUUUGAUGACUGAGAAAAGGAGCAUUUCCACCUUGCAGUGCUGGAGCCCAGGGUUCAAUUGCCGGGAUGCUGUCUGUGUGGAGUUUGUAUGUUCUCCCCGUGUUCACAUGGGUUUCCUCUGACCGUCCCAAAACAUGGAUGGAUGUUUGCCCGGCUCAUGGGGGCAGCAACUUCCUGUUGCUGUUACCAUAACAUUUGGUUUUUACAGGACAGGGUUGUUAGCCUUGUGCCCAACCUCCAACAUGGAGGACCUGGCGCCCGACGUGGGACACGAACCCACUACCCUGAGAGUAUGAGACUCAUGCUCUACCAGCAGAGCUAGCUGGGGCCGGGGUCCAAAAACAUACUAGCAGGUUAAAUGGCUUCUGGGAAAAUUGGCCCUGGUGCGAGUGCCCUGCAACGGACAGGUCUUGUCUAGGGUGAAUCCCGGCUUGCACCCAUUGCUUGCCAGGUAGGGCCCAACUCCUCCUGUAUUGGACAGAACAGUUAGGAAGCAGAUGGACUCGAGAGUGGACAAGCUGCCCUAGGGUGACAAAUUAGUGCGCAAGGGAUGCAAAGAUUACACAGUGUGAAAAACAGGGAGGAAGGGGGCAUCACUAAAAACUUGCUUUUGUCUCCCAUUUUGUCAUUGAUGUGGUUGUGCACUUAUAAUCCUGGGGGUCAAAGUUUAGGGUCUUACUGGCAGUGUGUCAUCUGGUUUAAGACUAUUGCACCUCUAAUGUGAAAUCUUAUUUUCUAAGGUAUAAGACUUUAAUUGGUAUAAGACUCUCUCUCUUCUCUACACACCAAGAAGAAAAAGAGAAAAAUUAAAUCCCCGUUGUAUCCUGUACCUGAACAUGAUGUAUCUGAUAUUCUAUGGUGUAUGUGCCUUUCUUUUCUGCAUGGUUUGUGAUGUUUUGAAUACUUUUCUAUCCCCCGAGGAUACCAGUCUGUGACCAGCUGAGACCUAUGCAAAUAAAGGAUGGGUGGUCCAGCACCCAUUCUGAACUGCAGGUACUAGAUGAAAGAUCAAUAAACACUCAGGAUGAAACCUGAA